AUGGCGUCGGUCCUUCAGACUGAGAGGCAGACCAACGGCCACAACAGCAGUGCUCCUAUUGUCGGGGUGGCCUUCGACGACGGCCUUCUCCCCACGGACGUGCUGUGCGACAUCCUGCUGCGCCUCCCCGCCAAGCCGCUCUGCCGGCUCCGCGCCGUCUGCCGGUCAUGGCGCUCCCUCCUCUCCGACUCGUGGUUCGUCGCCGCUCACCAGGUCCGUCAGCAACCGCUGGUCGCCGUGUGCAAAUGGGGCUAUGGGGUCAAGCCACAGGACAUCCAAAUUCUGGACAUGGCCGGCCACCUUGUGAGGCAGAUGCGCGUUGAGAAUUGCAUGCUAGGCUAUUAUUCUAAAACGUUCUGUACGAAUCUCGACUUACUCUGCCUGGAAGGGGGCGACCAGCGCCUCCGCGUGCUGGACCCAGCCACCGGCACCAUUUCCCUCUUGCCCAAUGUCAUCAUCGUCAACCGUGGCCCAUACGAAUACGGGUGCUACUCCCCCACGUAUGUGGUAGGCCGGGACGGCUCGACGGGAGAGACUAAGGUGCUAGCCAUCGGCCGAGAGUUGGCGUACCACGCCGGCACUUUCUGCAGUGUACUUACCCUCGGCGACGCCGGUGGGUGGAGGGAGACUGGUUACCCCCCGACCAGCGCCCUUAUCUCAAACUCUUGGAUUAUGGCCCUCGUCAAAGGGGUCCUCUACUUCCUGGUCUUCCACGAAAUCGCUAUGUACGACUUUGACAAGGAGAAAUGGCGGCUGGAUACGCUGCACCUCCCGCUGCCAAAUGAGAGGCUGUAUUUCUUGGGUGAGCUAAGCGACACCUUGGUUGCAUCCUACCAAUGUAGCAACACCUCCAUGGAUUUGUGGUUCCUCACAGAUUCUGACAAGGUUAUCUGGUCCAAGCAAUACACCAUCAGCAUGCCGCCAUAUCAAGCUUCCUCGAGCCCGCGUGGCGGAAUUACUGCUCAGCCCUUGUGGUUGCUGGAUGAUGGCAGGAUUGCUUUCUGGGUUUGGCAUGCCUAUGAUGGAAAGUCAGUUCAGUUCAUGCGGGUAUAUGAUCCAACAACACACGCUUACAUUGAUGGGGAAGAGUUGGCAGCUAACUACUCAUUUCACGCCGUGUAUAAAGGGACCUUACUUAGAUCUUCUCUAUAUAAGAAAUUAAGCAUGUACCCGGCUACCGUUUGA